GAGAUUUGCACCGACAUGGCGGCGUCGGGCGGGGUCUCGCAGCUCAGAGGUACAAAUGAAGUCACAUAAAGAGCUUGUUGCAACCCCUCACGAGAGCUUCCCCUCAGCUUAGCACAGCUACCAAAUAGCAGCGAUAAGCUUCAAAGACCUCAUCUUCAGCUUCAACGACCUCAUCUUCAGCUUCAAACAGUGUUCGUUGACCUCCAUCGUCUCUCUACAGCUCAAUUGAAGCCUUGUGUAUCAUUGGCCACCCGGAGCAUCAAGCUUGUUACACCAGACACCAUCAUGGCCGCAAAAUACUCCCGCCGCCCCUCCCACCUCAGCGAGCCUCUCUCUCCCAGCAUCAUCCCCGAGCUCGCCAUCCUUCCUCAGCCUCUCUCCACCGACGCUCUUCCCUGCGGCCAACUUGUCUCACGCAGCUCCAAGCUGACACCCUCCAACCUGCACGACCGAGACUACGACGACAUCGGCACGCGCUGGUACAAAGACGUCAUCUUCUUCGACUCAAACACGGGCAACUUCCUCGAGUCGUUCGGCGGCACGCAUCUUGUUGAGAAAGCCCUUGCUCCCGGCCAGGAGGCUGGCACCAUCGAGGCCGAGGAGCAGACGGUAAGGCUACUGAAGGACCCCGAGAGCAGCCUGAAGAAGAUCUGGGCCGAGGAUGAUGCGGCGAGGAAGUGGAUCCGUGAGCAGGACGAAGCCGGAUUCGUUGUUGCUGUUCGAGCUGUAAGCAACGCGAGCUACAAGCGUGCGAGGCUUGUUGACACGGGCUUGAACUCGUGGGAAGUUGUGCGGGAGAUUGGCGGCGAAGACAAAAGCGGGAAGAGGAGGGACUCCGGACUUGAUGUCAGGCCUACGAAUAGCAAGCUCGAUGUUGUCGGUGUUGUGGUGAGGAGGAUCGUCAUGGAGGGUGACGAUGUGGGACUUGGCGGGGAGCUGGGUGCUGAGUACUGGAACUGAGUGAGAGGUUGGUACCUCGUCAUCGCAUUCAUAUUGACGAGACGAUGGUGGGUUGGGUCGACGUUUGCGUUAUCCCUACUAUUGCAUACUUCACUCGCGCAUCUAAUCUACCUCCGUGGUGCCGAUACUCUGACCCUCCAUACUGCGUGACUCGACCUACGUAUUCUGGAACAUGGUUGGCAUUGCAACUCGAUACCUCUGAUUAUUCAACACAGC